AUGGUCGCAAGCAUUCUCAAGGUCGAUGAUAUCAAGGUUAUCGAGCGCGGCAGCGGCAUCAGGACAUGGCCGCUGGUGGUGCACCAGAUCGUACCGCAUGCUCAUUUCACGACUGGCAUGAGCGUCUAUCCGGUCGGGCAAGGUGCACCGAUGCACAAGCACAAUUGCGACGAGCAGGUGACACUGCUCGAGGGCAUCGGCGAAGUGGAAGUCGACGGCGUCGUCACACCGCUCAAACCUUACGACUCCACCUAUAUCCCUGCCGGCUUGUGGCACUGCUUCCGCAACAAGGGCGAUACGCCUAUGCGCAUCCUGUGGAUUUAUGAUUCAAUGCGGGUGACUCGAACCUUUGAAAGCGACGGUAUCGAGGUCGAACAUCUUUCCAAGGCCGACUUGAUGGGCACGGCCGAGGUCGUGAAGCGUGGCAGCUACACCGAGGCUGCCCGGACGCUGGGCACCUCGCGUGCGCUGGUGUCCCGGCACAUCCUCGAUCUCGAGCACCGGCUCAAGAUCCGCCUGCUCAAUCGCACGACCCGCUCGAUAACGCUCACCGAGGGCGGUCAGCAAUAUUUCGAUUUCUGCGAUCGUGUGCUCCAGGAAAUCAAGGAAAACGAGGACCAGAUAUCGGGGAAAAACCGAGCCCCGGAAGGCACCCUGGCUGUCAUCGCACCAAAAUGGCUGGCCAACUACGAGGUCGCGGACGCGGCGACUUCGUUUUCCAUCGAGUAUCCCGACAUCGUGCUCAAGCUAUCGCUCGGCGGCAUGGCACCGAACGCCUACGACUUCGUGGAUCGCGGCUAUGACGUUGCCUUGCACACGCGCCAGAUUCCGGACUCGUUGAUCCGGGUGAAAAAGAUCACCGAUAUCGAGUUCGCUCUAUGCGCUUCGCCAAACUACAUAGCCGAGCACGCGACGAUCGAAACCCCCGAUGACCUCACAACCCACAAGGGGCUGGUGCAGGUGAACGAUGCGGUUUGGCGGCUGGAAAACAGCGAGGGCGAAAGCAUCAAGGUCCGUAUGCCCGCCGCUUUCACGUCCAACACCUAUGUUGUGCUGCAUAAAGCGGCGGUGAAGGGGCUUGGCGUCGCUGUGCUGCCGAUGCCGCUUGCUUCCGAGGAUCUGGAAAAUGGCAAGCUGGUCCGGGUUCUUCCAGGCUAUUCCAUCGAGACACGCCCGCUGUUCGCGGCCUUCGCACCCGGCGCCGGUACGCCGGUCAAAGAGCCUUUCAUGACCAUUGAGUAUGACUACUGCGUUGUUGGUGGCGGUAUCGUCGGUGUUGCGACAGCCUUGGCGCUAGUCACGCGAUUUCCCGGCGCCGGCGUGGUUCUGGUGGAGAAAGAAGCCGAGCUCGGCCGGCACCAGACGGGACACAACAGCGGCGUCAUCCAUUCAGGGAUCUACUAUGCCCCUGGGAGUUUGAAGGCCAAGCUCUGUGCCGAGGGCGAGCGCAGGACCAAGGAGUUCUGUCGCGAACACGCGAUAGCCUUCGAAGAGCGGGGCAAGCUGAUUGUCGCCACCUCGCCUGUUGAGGAACAGCGGCUCGAUGCGCUGGCCGAACGCGCCAAGCUCAACGGCAUUAAGGCCGAGGCGCUGACAAAAGGCGACAUCGUUGAGCGCGAACCCAACAUAUCAGGCACAAAAGCUUUGUUCGUGCCCGCGGCUGCAAUCGUUGACUACCUCCAGGUGCUCGGGAAGAUGGCCGACGCUUUCGUCGCGGCGGGUGGGACGCUGUUGCUCAACAGCGCGGUCCACGCGCUGACCGAGGAUACCGACGCCGUCCGUGUUCAGCUGGGAGAUAGCGGGUUCAGGGCGAAAAAGCUGAUUGCCUGUGCCGGUCUGCAGUCGGACCGCCUGGCCCGCCUGGGCGGACUUAAACCCAGCCACCAGAUCGUUCCGUUCCGCGGCGAAUAUUACAGGCUGCGCCCCGAACUGGCCGGGCUCUGCCAUGCAAUGAUCUACCCGGUGCCCGAUCCGGAUCUUCCCUUUCUCGGCAUCCACCUGACCCCGAUGAUCGACGGAAGGCUAAGCGUUGGUCCCAAUGCGGUUUUGGGGUUUUCACGAGAGGGAUACCCCAAGUUUUCAGUGUCGGUUCGUGAUGUCGCCACCUACGCUGCGUUCCCUGGUUUCUGGCGCACCAUCGCGGCAAACUUCAAAUCGGGCGUGACCGAGAUGAUGGAUUCUGUGUUCAAACAGCGCUACCUUCGGGCUUGCCAAAAAUACUGCCCGUCCCUCGAAAUCGAGGAUCUUCAGCCGAUGAGCGCCGGAAUCCGUGCACAAGCGGUGGCCGCGGACGGAGCGUUGAUACACGAUUUCCUGUUUCUCGAAAGCCGCGGCGUGAGUUCUACGACAAGCCCCUCCUACGCGCGCGUGAUCAUAACGAUCACGCUGCCGGUCUUUCUCGCGAUCGCCAGCCAGACCAUGACCGCGGCUGCGUUGCCGGCAAUUGGCGGGGCCAUGGGCGAGCUUGCGCGACUGUCCUGGCUGGUCAUUGCUUACAUGUUCGCGCUCACCGUUGCCGGGCCCGUGUAUGGCAAUCUUGGCGACAUGUUCGGACGCCGCCGCGUUCUGGUCAGCGCGGCCUGCAUCUACGCCAUCGGAUCUUUUGUAGCGAUACUAUCGCCUACCUUCGAAUGGCUUACCGCGGCGAGGUUGAUCCAGGGUAUCGGCGGCGGCGGGUUGAUGUCGAUUUCCCAAGCGCUGAUUGGGCAGACGGUCGACACACGACGCAGAGGUAAGGCGCAGGGCUACGUCGCUUCGGUGGGCGUGGUAGCGAGCAGCCUCGGGCCAGUAAUCGGUGGCGGGCUGACCGCCAUAUUCGGGUGGCAGAGCCAGUUCGUUUUUGCCCUGCCACUCGCCAUAUUUGCCGCCGUGAUGGUCUGGCGCCUGCCGGUGACCGAAGCGAACACGAGCAACAGGCAGUUCGAUGCAAAGGGCUUUUUUCUGCUCAAUGCCUUUGUUGGCUGCUGGGUGCUGGCGCUCGAAUAUAUCAAGCGCACGACGCCUGAAGGCUACGGGUUCGGUGCCGUCCUGAUACUUGUCGGGCUGGUCAUGGUCGCCAUGUUGAAGCGCGUCGAGGCCCGGGCGGCAAACCCCAUUUUCCCGCCGUCGCUCAUGGCCAAUUCCGACAUCGUGCGUAGCUACGCACUGGCGUUGUGCCAUGGCGCGACGCUGGUUUCAUUCACGGCCUUCCUCCCGCUGUAUAUGCAAUUGGUGUGGGGCGCGGACAUAUUUCAAUCAUCAGCGGCGCUGUUGAGCCUGACAGUCGGGCUAGGCCUGGGUGGCGUACUGACCGGCAACCUAAUUUCACGCACCGGACGGGUAGCGAUCUUUCCGGCUGUCGGCUCUCUCGCCGCUUUCGUUCUAGUCGUAACGCUGGCUCUUUUCGGCCAGUACCUUCCGCUCGCCGUUCUCCUGCCAAUGUUGUUCCUCAACGGCCUGGGAAUGGGAACGGUGAUGUCGGUGGUUCACGUGACCGUCCAACAGGUCGUCCCCAGGCACCUGCGCGGCGCCGGCGCCGGUGCAGUUACCUUCUCACGAUCUAUCGGUUCGGUUCUGGGCACGACCGUCGUCACAGUAGUGCAGUUCACGGCCGCCUCGACGCAGGGUCUCAACACAAACUUGAUUCAGGCCGGAACCCCGAUGGCCAGCGAGACUUCACGCGGAUGGGCGAUGGCCUUCACCUUCGCCAUCCUUACCAUUGCGCUGUUUGCGGCGGGCGGCGCCCUUGCGGCCAUUUCGAGCAGGAUCAAGCGACUCGACGGUGGAGAUGGGCAGAUCGACCUGAAAAGCGUUCAAAGCCAUGGCAACCAUUGUGAAAUUGCCGAUAAACGCUGUAAGUUCGACAACGCCGGUAUCGCCAAACGCCUUGCGUGCUGCUUCGAAGGUUUCGUCGCUCACCCGGUGCGUUUCCAGCAACUCGCGGGCAUAUCGGUAGCCGGCCUUUUCGACCGUAUCGGGGAGUGGCGGCAGGCGGUUCGUGCUGAUGGCAUCGACCACCGCUUGGGCAACGCCUUCUUUGACAGCGAUCCGAGCAUGGGCCUGCCACAUGUAUUGGGCCUUGAAGUGCCAAUGCACAUCGACCAUAUGGUGUUCAACGUCACCGACCUCGACAAGGCAGUGGACUUUUAUACCAAUGUUCUGGGCAUGCGCGUCACGAUGCGGUUCGAAGACCGCAGGAUGGCGUUCCUCUCGUUCGGCGACCGGCUGGCGGACAUUCGGCUUUUUGAAGUUGGCGGAACAGAUGAUCCGGACCGCCAGCAUCACGGCUUCAAUCACGUCGCAUUCGAACCCGAAGGUGACCUGGAAACGCUCAAUCUCCUCGAAGCGCGGCUCCAGAGCCACGGCGCCAGCAUCGAAGGCUGGGAAGGGCACGCCGAGGGGCGACACAAGACAAGGAGGACGGCCAUGAUCGAGCUAUUUUCUGCCGCAACGCCGAACGGGAUCAAGAUCGCGGUGGCGCUUGAAUGGCUCGAUCUGCCUUACGAACUGACCUCCAUUGCCUUGCGUGGCGAUGCACCGCUCCCCCAAGCAUUCCUCGCCGCCAGUCCACUCGGAAAAAUUCCAGCCAUCCAUGACACCGAUACAGGGGUAAGAAUGAGCGAGUCAGGGGCAAUUCUGCUCUAUCUCGCAGAAAAGGCCGGAUCGCCUCUAUUGCCGACCGAGGCAACGCAGCGCGCCACAGCACUGCAAUGGCAUUUCAUCGCUUCGGCCACGAUUGGCCCGGCUCUUGGGCAGGCGCACCACUAUCUGCAUUUCCAGAAGGGCAAGGCGCCCUAUGCCGAGGAGCGUUCGGCAGCAGAGGUGCAUCGAUAUUACGGGGCGCUCGAAGGGCGACUGGCCGAAGCGGCAUUCCUGGCCGGAGAAACUGCUUCGAUCGCUGACAUUGCAUUGUGGCCGUGGCUCGUCCGCUUUGCCUGGCAGGAGAUCGAUCUCAAGACCUACCCAGCGGUUGAGCGCUGGUACCGGCGCAUGAGUGAGACGCCGGCCUGCGUUGCCGGCGCCGGGCACGGGGAUUUGCUUCAGAGGCGUCAUUUUUCUCAGGGAGGAGAGAUUAUGCACAAACUCACCGCAUUGGUCUCGGCACUGACUGUCGGCACCAGCACCAUUGCCCUUUCGGCGACCGGUGCCAUGGCGCAGUCAGUAGAACUGAUCUUCAACAACACGCUGCCGCCAUUCAACGAAACCUAUCAGGUCGGCAUCCGCGACUUCGCUCAGUCGAUAAUCGAGGAGUCCCAGGGCGACAUUCUCGUGACCAUUCCGGAUUCCGAACUUGCUCCGGCAGACCGUCAAUACGAAGCCGUCCGAGAUGGCAUCGCGGAUAUGGCGGUCAUGAAUAUUUCGGGCAUUACCCAGUUCGUGGUUCUCAACGGUAUCGGGGAACUGCCCUAUAAUGCACCCACGGCCGAAGCGGGCUCGGUUGCCCUUUGGGAAACUUAUAAGGAACAUUUUGAAGAUGUCGGCGAGUGGCAGGGGGUUAGGGUCCUUUCGACCCAUGUCCUGCCUGGCCGCCAAAUUCUGUCGGUCAAUCAAAACCUGGCUCCGGACGAACCUGCCGACCUGCAGGGAAUGCGCGUAUGGGCAACCUCGACGCCGCUUGUAGCCGCUGCCGAGGGGUUCGGCGCUGUGCCCAUGGAUACGCCCUACCCCGAACUUCAGGACAACGUCGCUCGUGGCAAUCUGGACGCCAUAUUCAUUACACCCGGCUCGGCGGACGGCGCCGGCAUUCGCCCUUAUGUCUCGCACGUCACCGAAAUUCCCGGCGGUCUGGGAACGAUCUCGUUUGCCACGAUCAUUUCGGAAGAAGCCUGGAACAACCUGACCCCCGAGCAACAGGCUGCUGUCGAACGCGCGGCAGAAGGCCUUCCCCGCCGCGCGGGGCAAGCAAAUGAUGCCGGAGAGAUAGCCGUUGAAGAUGUCUUUGCCGAUAUUCCGACAACAGUGGCAGAGGGCGACGGCCUGGCCGCGUUCCAGGAGGUCAUGGACAGCGAAGUCGAUGCUUGGAUCGAACGCGCAACGGCCGCCGGCCUGGAAGAUCCUCAGGCUGCCCUGGACUUCUAUCAAAGCGUGCUCGAUCGCGAACUGGCCCAAUAG